AUGAAAUUUGCAAAUGAGAUGAUAGCACCUACAACAUCUGAUACGAAUCUUAAUAUUCCUUGUGCUAAUAACAGGUUACGUAGAAUUUUUAAGGGAGCAAUAGGUGCACUAGAUGGGACAUUAAUACAUGCCGUUGUUCCAGCUAAUCAACAGAUUAUGUACAGAGGAAGAGGAAAGGGUAAAUGUUAUCAGAAUGUUCUGGCCAUAUGUGACUUCAAUAUGGUCUUUACUUAUGUUUAUGCUGGAUGGGAAGGAGUAGCACAUGAUGCACGUGUUCUAACGAAAAUAGUAUCUAACCCAGAAAAUGGCUUUCCAUUUCCACCGCUAGUAAACAAAUACUAUCUAUGUGAUGCGGCAUAUCCUAACACUCGAGGAUUUCUAGCACCAUAUCGUAAUAUUCAAUAUUGGUUAGGAGAUUAUCAUCUCAGACGUGCUAUAACUAAGGAGGAAAAAUUUAAUCAUGCGCAUGCACAACUUAGAAAUGUCAUCGAGCGUGCUUAUGGAGUAUUGAAAGCAAGAUUUCCGAUAUUGGACAAAAUGCCUCCAUAUCCUAUUGAUAUCCAAAGAGAUGUUCUUAUUGCAUGUUUUGUGGUUAAUAAUUUUAUCAGAAAGGAGCGCAUCAAUGAUGAUUUGUUUAAUCAGUUUGAUUUGCCUCAAGUAAUAUUUGACGAAGAGCAGCAACAUGAAGAAGUACCGGGUGAAACUAAUGGACCUAGCUGGACAGUUGAAGAUUCUCAGAUAAUGAAUAAUAUGCGCGAGCAACUCACACUCAAACUAGUACAAAGAAGAGGAAGUUCUUGA